GAAAGACAGGAAGUGAAAGUCGUUGAUGACAGAAGAUCUGCGCUAAAACGAACUGCAGGUUUAUCUUUGGAAUCGUGCUUGACGCUGUCAUUAAAAUGUCAGCAUUAAAUCCAGCUCGAACAGUUUUGAACCCGAGAAUUCCAUAUACUGGAACUAUCCUUGGUGGAUUCAAGCCUGGAGAGAUGAUAAUUAUCCAAGGAAAGGUACCUAAUGAUGCUGACAGGUUUCAAGUAGAUUUACAGUGUGGAAGCAGCAUUAAUCCUCGUGCAGAUGUGGCUUUCCAUUUCAACCCUCGUUUUAAGAGAUCUGGCUACAUUGUAUGCAACACUCUGCAAGAAGAGAAAUGGGGUCGUGAGGAGAUUACCUACGAGAUGCCCUUCAAGCAAGGAGAGAAUUUUGAGAUAAUUAUUUUCGCCUUGAAAGAUGUUUUGAAAGUUGCAGUAAAUGGAAAACAUGUACUUCAGUACAGACACCGACUGGCCCUGGAAAGAGUAGAUACCUUAGGAAUCUCUGGCAAAAUUCAUGUUCAGGCACUUGGAUUUCUAUCUGACCCUAUGUCUGUAUCAUCAUCCUUUGAAAGUAAGAACACAGAAGUGGCUAAAGAAAAUACAAUCCUUUUACAGCCUCCUGACUAUACACUUCCCUACAAAGGGAUCCUCAAAAAUGGAAUGAGUCCAGGGCAAACGAUUUCAAUAAAAGCAGAAGUCAGUGCAUAUCCACAUAGUUUUGUUGUGAACUUAUGUUCAAGUGAUUCCACUGAUAUUGCUUUACACCUGAACCCACGUAUGAAAAACAGUACUUUUGUAAGAAAUUCAUACCUGAAGGGAUGCUGGGGAUCAGAAGAAUGCAGUCUGUCAAAAUUUCCCUUUGUGGUAGGACAGUAUUUUGAGAUCAUCAUUUAUUGUGAUACAGAUCAAUAUAAAGUUGCUGUAAAUGGAGUACACCUGCUUGAUUAUAAACAUAGAGUGAAGAGCCUGGAGAGCAUCAACCAACUGGAAAUAAACGGAGAUAUCAUGUUACAGGAUGUGAAAAUAUGGUAAACUAGCAAGUGCACGUGUCUUAUCCUAAUACCUAAAAACAUUUUAGAAUGUACAGUAAUCUAAGAACAUUCCCCUAUUUUCUUACUGAAACUGCAUUCUUUUUUAUGUUACCAUUUUCUACAUUAUCUGUGUUUUAAAAAAGAAAAAGUUUCCAUUAAUGUUGUUUUCUAAUGAACCUUCUAUAACAUUAUGGUGCACUCAAUGAUUUUGAAUGUAGAAUUUACUAUCUAUAUGUAACAAAUAUAGUUACUGUACAGCGUUUUUCUGUUAUUACUACUCAAGUAAUAAUUGAUUUAAAAGAAACCAGGCUUAUCUGAAAUUUGGGAAUACCCACAUCUCGAAGAGCUAGUUGCUCUUGUGUAUAAUAUGUAAUAUGCUGCUAUUUCUACCACUGAAAUUUCCUUAACUACUUUCUUAAUCUGUGUAACAAAAAAAAACGGUACAAUUAUACCUAUGUAUAAUAAAUGAUUAACAAAUGUAUUUGCUCUUUUUCUUUUGCUCCCAUUUGUGUUUUCAAUGAAUCAUAAUCAAAGAGAAAGAAAUGAAGACAACUAUAGUAACCUAGAGUAUGUAAUGUAGUUAUAAACCAUUAUGGUAUGCUUUCUGGGCUAUUUCAUAGUUUUGGCAUAUUUUGAGCUCUUCCUCCUAACUCCUUAAAAUAUGUAAUCUCAUGAGGGCCUGAACCUUACGUGGAACUUUAGGCAUAAAGGACAGAGUACCCAAGAGGGAGGGAGAGAGGAAACGUUCUGUCUGGACACCGAAGACGCAUUCACUGCAACAGCCUGACCUGAGUCAAGAUAAGCUGCCUGGGCGACGAGCCUUCUUCAUCCCUCCAUUGCACAGAUGUCUCCUUUGAUGGUAUUUUUCAGCAUCCCUAUUCUUAUGGAAAGUAUUGUUAUUAAGUUUUUUGCCUUUGAAAUAAAGUUGUAUUUUUAUUAGGGUCUUA